AUGAUUUUAAAUUUUCAGCAGAAACUUGAGAGAGCUAAGCGAUUAUUACCAAACAAUGCUUUGCUUGCGUAUAAAAAAUCUUAUGACGCAGACGGCCAUCGACCUGAUUUAACUGGAAAUACUGAAGCGAAAUUUGCUCAUUACCAACUCAAGUUUUGGACAACACCAGGAAAUGCUUUUUAUGAAGUGACAUUAUUAUACGAUUGGAAUGAAAAUUCAGUAACUGUCGACAUGAAAUCGAUAAGUCAUAUAAAUAAAUACGGUGAUUUACCACAUUGUAUUAUUAAAAAAAAUUAUUUUAUGGCCAUGUAUUGUGUUUGUUAUGAUAAGAUUAAUCAAACUUCGUAG